GCAGCUCCUCCCCCACAGCGAGGAUGGGUUCUGCUCUCUCCCUCUCCGUCACUAACCCUCCCUCCAGGCAGAGGAAGAAGGCUGAGGAAGAGGGGGAGGAGGAAGAUGAGGAUUUGCUUGACAGCCAGGAGCGUGUGGAGGCCAUUGCCAAGUUCCCCUAUGUGGAGUUCACAGGGCAGGACAGCAUCACCUGCCCCUCCUGCCAGGGCACAGGCUGCAUCCCCACAGAGCAGCUCAACGAGCUGGUGGCUCUGAUACCCUACAGCGACCAGCGGCUGCGCCCCCAGAGGACGAAGCUCUAUGUCCUGCUCUCAGUGCUGCUCUGCCUCCUGCUCUCAGGCCUGGUGGUCUUCUUCCUCUUCCCCCACUCAGUGCUGGUGGAGGAUGAUGGCAUCAAGGUGGUGCAGGUGUGGUUUGACAAGAGGAACUCCGUGGUGCUCCUGGCCAUCACCGCCACCCUAAGGAUCAAGAACUCCAACUUCUACUCCGUGGCAGUGCCCAGCCUGACCAGCCAGGUGCAGUACAUGAACACAGUGGUGGGAAGCCAGCAGCUCUCCAACCUCUCCAGCAUCCAGCCCCGGAGUGACAAACUGGUGAACUUCACAGUGAAGGCAGAGCUGGGUGGACCUUUCUCCUAUGUGUACUUCUUCUGCAGCUUUCCCAAGGUGAAGGUCCACAACAUAGUCAUCUUCAUGAGGACCGUGGUGAAGCUCUCCUACAUUGGCCACAGCACCCAGAGCACUCUGGAGACUUACCACUACGUGGACUGCAGCACCAACUCCACAGCUGCCCCUGGCCUGCUGCCUCUGCUCUCCCUGCCUGCUGCUGGAGGAGCAACCAGAGCCCAGAGCAAGGCCUGAGGGCAGAGCUGAGGCCUGAUGGACCUCUGGGAAGGGAGCAGCAACCUUGCAAGGGAAGCAGAAGGCUCAGUGAGAGACUUUGGUGGCUGAGAGCUUUGGGUGCCUGCUGUGGCACCUGGGUGGUGCUCAUGCAGAGCCUGCCCCAGCACCAGGCUCCUGCUGGGCUCUGAAGGAAGCAGUCUGGGGGGCUCUGGACUCAGGCUUGUGGGGGGAAGGGGCUCAGCAGGUCCCAGCAGUUUCAAGCUGAGUCUUGCAGCUGCUCUGAGGCUCAGCACUGGCAGCUCCUGGCAGGGGGCACCUAAUGAGUCCUGAUUAAUUUAUUCCACUUCAAGCAGGGGCAGCAGGUCCCUGGCUGCUUCCAAAGCAGGAGGAGGGGUGGGAAGGGCUCAGCCUUGGAAGGAGCAGGCAGGAGGAGC